CUGGACGCUGGGUGGUGCGUGGGCAGCCCCAACUGGGAUACCUGGGGCCCGGUGUCACCGGGAGGGGUGGGUGUGCCGGCUCGUGUCCUGGUGGUGCACGCGUAGCAGCGCGGGGAGCACAGCGGCGGCGGGCGCAGGUGCUGCUUGAAGAAUGGACGAUGACGACUUCGGUGGCUUUGAGGCCGCAGAAACCUUUGAUGGUGAACACAGUGGAAACCAAGCAAUGUCCCCUGCUGUCCCCUGGGCCACCUUUCCUGCAGUAUCCGGAGUGCAUCUGUCACCAGCCUCUCCGGAGCUCAUCCUGGACCAUGACCACUCCUCUCCGUCCUCCGGCCGCCUCCCUUCAGAUGCUGUUAUUCCAUCACCAGACGACACCCGCGCAGACAGCGGCCUUGUGAGUCAGACCAUCCCCAAAGCUCAGAUUCAACAGUCGGCGCACACACAUCUGAAUAUCCCACUCUUUCCGCUUGGCUUAACGGAUGAGACAAACCAUGGAGGGAUUGCAUUGGAGGAUGACCCUGAGGGUCCUGGAGCUGACGUGUCCAGCUCGCAGCUCCAACAAAAAAUAUCAAGCCUGGAGACUAAACUGAAAGCCUCUGAAGAAGAAAAACAGAGAAUUAAAAAGGACGUGGACGCGCUGAUGGAGAAGCACAGUGUCCUGGAGGAAGGAUUCCUGAAGGAGAAGGAGCAGGAUGCCAUGUCCUUUCAAGCCCGCUACCGUGAGCUGCAGGAGAAGCAUAAGCAAGAGUUGGAAGACAUGAGGAAGGCCGGGCAUGAGGCACUGAGCAUUAUUGUGGAUGAGUAUAAGGCACUUCUGCAGUCUUCAGUUAAGCAACAGCUAGAUGCCAUCGAGAAACAGUACGUGUCUGCCAUCGAGAAACAGGCUCACAGGUGUGAGGAACUGCUACACGCUCAGCACCAAAGGCUCCUGGAAGUGCUGGACACCGAGAAGGAACUGUUGAGGGAAAAAAUCCAGGAAGCUUUGGCUCAGCAGUCCCAGGAGCAGAAGGAAGCACUGGGAAAGUGCCUGCAGGAGGAAAUGCAGAGGAAUAAAGAGACCCUGGAGUCAGCUGUGAAGCUUGAGAAGGAAGCGAUGAAGGAUGUCAUCACCAAAGCAGUGGAAGAAGAAAGGAAAAAUCUGGAAAAAAUUCAUGCUGAAGAACGGGCAAUGUGGAAAGCAGAACACGCGAGAGAUCAAGAGAGGGUAGCAGAGGCUGUCCAGGCUGCCAUCCAGGAGCAGCGGAUGAUGAGCCAGGAAGCUGUCAAAGCAGCCAUCAUAGAGGAGCAGAAGAGAAGCGAAAAGGCUAUGGAGGCGGCCGUGAAGAAAACGAGGGACGAGCUGGUGGAGUACGUGAGGGAGCAGAGACGGCUCGAUCAAGUCACCCGCCAACGGAGCCUGACCAGCCUGGAACUGUUCCUGUCCUGCGCCCAGAAGCAAUUGAGUGCUCUCAUAGCUACAGAGCCUGUUGACAUUGAAUAGAGAGAGACACGCUGCCCAACCUGUCCCCGCCAUUAAGCCUGCCUACUCUGAAGCUGUUCCUCUCCUGUGCCCAGAAGCAGCCGAGUGUUCUAAGGGCCACGGAGCCUGGUGGUGUCGAAUAAAGGGAACAUGACAGGCUACCUCGCCCUGGCCGUUGUGUCAAUCAAUCACUAGACUUCUGAAGGAUGCCAUGACUUAGAAAGAUGCUUUUGUUUUUUGUUUCAACUUGGAGAGUUGGUUUCCAGGUCAAGGAUGAGCCCACGCAGUAUCUAGAAGAACCACCGCUGGAUCUUAACUUACUCUCUGUUAUUCUAUCGCAAGUAGCAAUGGAAGAAUAUAUGUGACCCAAAGCCAUGAAAAAGUGGUAUGCUAUCCACAGCUCAUGGGGUAAACAGUACAGCUCCAGGUGGCCUAGUGACACUAUUUGGUAAAGGAUUACCUUUUGAGUGCCUCGUUGUGAUCUGUGGGACGACACCACUGUGUAACCACAUAUUUAUUUGUUCCCGAGAAGUAGAGUGGAUAGAAACACUGACACGGCCAUUGUUGUGACUAGCCUGGCCGCUUCUCUAAAGGUCAGUCUGCGUGUUUUCAUUACUUUAUAAAGAAUAAACGACACUAGCUGACCAGGCUUCGAGCCGAUGCCCCCCAUCUAACCUCGGGUGCGUGGCACGGUCUUGCCUCCUGCCCUUCUUCAGAGGCUCUGCCAAUCAUUUUUCAUAAUCUAAUCUGUAGAAAGAACAUAACUUGGAUUCCCAGACAUCUGUGGGGAUUUAACCAAGUUUUAGACAUAUGGGAUCAUCGGGAUGUUGAUCCAUGAGCAGUGUACUCCAGUAGGAAAUCACGAGCAGUUUCACCGUCAGAACUGACAACAGCGCACCUACGCGUGUACCUAUGCAGCUGCCAUGUCUCUCUUCUUGAAUUGCUUCUGCUUUCAGGGGCCUUGUACUUCUCUGGGAUUUCUCAGUAUAAUAAACUUGGUUGCCAUGUUA